CUUUCGUAAAAUAGAAACAUUUUUUGCCUAAGUUAUAUAUUUCUUGCGAUAAAUUUCGAUCAGUUCAGUUGGUAUAAUUUCAUUGCCAAGAUGAGGGCUCAUUUUACAUUUUUUGUGGCAAUUUUUUUAAUCAAUUGUGGCCAAGUAUUCAACUAUGGGACAAUAAAUGCCCCCGCACUGAUAAAUCCUUCACAGGAUGCGCAAAAUAUUUUGAUCGCACCUGAUCGAACUGUAGUUUUGGAUCAAAUGUUUCCGCAUAGAAUAUUCUAUCAAAGGCAGUUGAUCAACAAUACGUAUACAGGGUUGAAUUCAGGAAAUCCUUUAGUUCCUGGUAAUUAUUUCCCACUGACUGGAAGCACUUUUCAAGAUUUGCUCUACGCGACUAUAGCCGGACCAAUGAAUACGUUCACAGGUUACAUGUACUCUAGUUUGGAAAUCAUCCAGGGCCCAAGUUAUGGACCGAUAUUGAUAGAAAUUUUGGUCGUUGCUGGUAGUGACAAACAAGCUGUGAUAGACGCUUACAAUAAAAACCCUUAUUAUGGCGGAACUCUGGCUGAUGCUGUAUCAUCCCGAACCCAAAAUGAUUAUAGAAAUUUUCUUCAAGAAUUAAUAAGAAGAAAUCGCGAGCCUGACACUCAAUCUGUAAAUACCAACGAUGUGAACGCUGCUAUAUUUGGUUUAGGAAUAGAAUGCACCAAUUGGAAUAACGGUCGCAAUCUAAUAGAUUACAUUUUGAUGGAGAAAUCGAUACAGUUUGCUCAACAAGUGAUAAAUCAGUUUCCGGCUGCCAACAAAGGUAAGACAUUGGUUCAGGCUGUGUACGAUAAUAUAUCUGAUCCGAAUUUAAAAUAUGGCUACGCCAGUUUGAUUUAUUACAUACUUGAUCCAGUAGACUGGGUGGCAGCGAGAAUUCACGACAGUCAAAAUGAACUUGACCAGCAUGCUACGAAAAUUCUGUUUAUUGUACCAUACUCCGAAUGCUGUCUGUAUGAGAUAAAUCUUAUGUUCAAGAAGAAAUAUGGUAUGACCAUAGGUCAAUAUCUUCGGUCGAACAAUCCUCAAGAUCCUGUUGACCUAAUGUUAGCAGCCAUAGCCGAUGAUGCAAUAGUUGGAUACAUAUAAAAUAAUUUCUAGUAACUUCUUUUUAAGGUUCCUACAUAUUACAAUAAUUGAAAACUCCUCAACAAUAAAAAUUCAAA